AUGACACUUGAACAGCUGGAAGCAAACCAGGUUUCGAUGAGGACAGAUAUUGACUCCAUGCAGGAAAAGAUGGAUCGUUUGCUUGAGACCAUGUUACUCCUAGCCCAAAAGGAGAAGGAUACUGAGACUAGCGACGAAGCCAGGAAAGUUGCUGCUCAGUUUGGAUCGCCAUCACUUAGCAUCCAUGGAGUAACUGAACUUGAUGGUAACCCUGCCCAUCCUAGAGGAGGACUGAUCCUCAUUCCUGUUCCCAUGAGCAACAUGAACCCCCAUGAGCAUUCUGCUACAUUUGCUCGACACAGAUCUGUGAUAGGUGAUGAAGAUCCAUAUGACGCCUUCUUCAUGCCACAACCAGCCAAACCUGCUGUUGGAGAUCGCCCGGACCCAGCUGUUGAGAGACUCCAUGCUCUGGAAGAGAAAUUCAAGUCCUUGGAGGUUCACACUACUCCCGGUUUGGACGCUGUUGACAUGUGCUUGGUACCAGGUUUGGGGAUUCCGCAAAAAUUCAAAGUCCCGGACUUUGACAAGUACAAAGGGAUUAGUUGCCCGAGAACUCAUCUCAGAGCUUACUGCCGCAAGAUGGCUGCGCAUAUCAGUAAUGAUCAACUCCUGAUUCAUUACUUCCAAGAUAGUCUCAGUAGGGCAUCUUUGGAGUGGUAUAUGCAGCUAGAGAGAGGUCAGGUCCAAUCUUGGAGAGAUCUCGCUGAAGCCUUCCUUAGGCAUUACCAGUACAAUACUGAUCUAGCACCCAAUCACACACAGCUGCAAGACAUGAUUCAACGCAACAAUGAGUCAUUCAUGGAGUACGCCCAACGGUGGAGAGAGCUAGCAGCUCGUGUCCAACCUCCUCUUCUUGACAAGGAGCUAAUUGAUAUGUUUAUGGGAACUCUGCAUACCCAAUACAUGGAAAAGAUGGUGGGCUCCAGCUUCCCGACUUUUGCUGAGGUUGUCUCUGUGGGAGAACGAAUUGAAAGUCAGAUCAGAAAAGGAAAGCUACCUUGCGCCGCCAGUGCUUCAGGUGGGAUGAAGAAACCAUAUCCUAAUCUCCCAAAGAAGCCAGAAGGGCAGACCAAUGCCAUAAUGGAAAGAGGAGGAUAUAUGGCACGUCCAUAUGCUCCUAUGCCCUAUCAUCAAGUUGCCGCUGUCAUCCCAACACCAUAUCAACCACCAUAUCAGCAACCCUAUCAACAACAAUAUCAGCAGCCUUAUCAAAAGCCAGCUUAUCAGUAA